CUGAGUUCUGUUCACCUCUGAGUUUUAGUUCUAAUUCUGAUUUAUGUUCUUUCAUGUGUCAUAUCAUGUUCAUAAUGUCUUUUAGCUUAUUUGAAAUGGUUGUCUUGAUCUGUUCAUGGCACAUAUCUCCGGUAUGUUUCAUUCUCUGUAGUAAUGUUAUUCUUAUGGUUUUUCUAUGAUAAUCUUACAUGGAAUUUGACCUUGGUACUCUUCUGUCACUCAAUUUCUGUGAAAUUACUUUCCCUGAACUUAAAAGAGUGAGGUGGGGUUCAGAAAAGCUCCUACAGUGUCAUAGAGCACCUCUUCUGGUGUUUUGUCUGGCUUGUUUUCUGAGAUAACCUGGUGCCACCUCUUCUAUGCUGGUAUCCAUCUUACUUUCCUUGCUCUCUGUUGUGGCCAUCCUACUCUCUCUGUUUUUUUAAUUGAAGUGCCCGUUGAUACACAAUCCUGUAUUGGUUGCAGGUCCUGCCCCCUGCUCCUGUUUCCCCUCUGGCUUACUUCUUACCUGGAGGCUUCCUCUCUAGUCCCUGCUGAGGUGGACCCUGAUUCGGUUUUGUACGUUCCGUCUUUGCCUGCCUGCCUGUGCUGACAUCCAGGCCCCCCCCACCUACUGGGCAAACUGUUUCCCAAAGCCCAGGUUUUCCAUCACCUGUAAAACUGGUAUAGAAAGAGCAUCCCCUUUAUGGGAUAACCUGGGGAAUGAAAUAAGCCAAUACACAUAAAGGACCUACUCCAUCCAAGGCACUGCGUCAGCGAUCGCUCGCCGUCCUCAUCCUCCGGGGCUGGAAGCUGGCGGGGAAGAGCAGCCGCCGUUCGCGGAGCCCCCGGCACCCCCGUCGGUUUCCGAGGCCCCGCCCCCGGCCCUUUGUGACGUCACGGCCGCCCUUCCCUGCCGUCGGCGAGCCCGCGCCCGCCGGCUCCCUGGCUUGGCCCGUUGAAGGCCGCUGCGGUCCAGGAAACGCAGGCUGACCGGGCGGGGCCAUGAGGCCCGCCGCCGGCUUCCUUAUCUCAUUCCUGAAGGUCCGUCCCGGGCCCGAGCGGGUUUGGGAGCCCGUCCAUGCCUCCGCCUGUUCGCCCCGCAGCGCUGCUUCUGACUGCGGGACGUGCCUCAUCAGCCCAGGAUUCAGUUUCGGCCUCCGCUCCGGGCAGCCCCCUCUCUCCCACCGAAUAUGAGCGCUUCUUCGCGCGACUGACCCCAGCCUGGAAGGCAGAGACUACCUGCCGUUUCCGCGCAACCCGCGGCUGCCGGAACCCCGUGAUCGUCCAGCUGGACCAGUACGAAAACCACGGCUUGGUGCCCGACGGCGCCGUCUGCUCCGACCUCCCUUAUGCCCCCAGGUUUGAGUCCUUCUGCCAGUUUACUCAGUACCGUUGCUCCAACCACGUGUACUAUGCCAAGAGAGUCCGAUGCUCCCAGCCAGUCUCAAUUCUCUCACCUAACGCUCCCAAGGAAAUAGACUCUUUCACUUCCGUGCCCCCUACCACGAUGACUUCCCCCACCUCAUCAUACGCCACAGCCACAGAGCAACAGGCCUUCCAGCCUUGGUCCAAGCGGCUCAACAGCAGCGUGGAAGAGCUGCUCCAGUCUUCCUUGUCCCUGGGGGGCCAGGAGCAAGGGUCAGGUCACAAGCAGGAGCAAGGGCAAGAACAUAAGCAGGAGGAGGGGAAGGAGCAAAAGCAGGAGGAGGAAGGAAAGAAGGAGGAAGGCCAGGGGACAGAGAAGCGACUGGAGACUCGGUCUGGGCUACAGUCAGAUUUAGAGCCCAAGUUCCAGCCUGAAUUUGUAUCUUCCAACCCUUUGUCAUUCACUCCAUGGGUGCGGGAAGUGGAGUCUCCUCCUAUGAUGAUGGAGAACAUCCAGGAGCUCAUUCAUUCAGCCCAGAAAAUGGAUCCACUGAAUGGUGUAUACAAUGACGACUCCAUCUGGAGAAAUGGGAGCCCUGGCAGCCUCCUGCAGCUGCCCCACGUGGAAGCCUUGUUGGUGCUGUGCUAUUCGAUUAUAGAGAACACUUGCAUUGUGACCCCCACGGCCAAGGCCUGGCAGUACAUGGAGGAGGAGAUCCUCGGUUUUGGGAAGCCGGUCUGUGACAGCCUUGGGCGGCGACACACAACCCCCUGUGCCCUCUGUGACUUCUGCUCCCUGAAGCUGGAGCAGUGCCAUUCGGAGGCCAACCUGCAGCGGCAGCACUGUGACAGCUCCCACAAAACACCCUUCAUCAGCCCCUUGCUCUCAUCCCAGAGAAUGUCCAUUGGCAACCAGAUAGGGAACCCACAAGCAGGCCGUUUUUAUGGUUUGGAUUUGUAUGGCGGGCUCCGCAUGGACUUUUGGUGUGCCCGGUUAGCCAUGAACGGCUGUGAAGAUAGUCGAGUGGCUGGUUGGCUCCAGACGGAGUUCCUUAGCUUCCAGGAUGGAGAUUUCCCCGCCAAGAUUUGUGACACAGACUUUGUGCAGUACCCAAACUACUGUUCCUUCAAAAGCCAACAGUGUCUGAUGAGAAAUCGGGACCGGAAGGUGUCCCGCAUGAGAUGUCUGCAGAACGAGACGUACAGUGUCCUGACCCAUGCCAAGAGUGCGGACGUGGUGCUUCAGUGGAGCCAGGAGUUUAGCACCUUGACUCUAGGUCAAGCUUGAUGAGCCGGGGUCUGUCCUGUCCCCACCCCAGCCCGACCUUUCCACAUUCUCCCUUGCUUUUAGACACCAUCUCUCAAUUUGGUUCCUGGCUGCCCCUAGUGGGUUUCUUACCAGGCCCCUACUUGGGUUUCCCCCGGGCUGGGCAGCAGUCCCAGAGAAGUCCAUGGUGGGAACUCUGUCCUCCUGAAAGGGAUAUCUUUGCAUAAAGUGUUUAUUUUCAACC